AUGUCAAGCAUCCUGCCAAAUCAAACUCUAUACGUCCGAAACUUGAACGAAAAGAUUAACAAAGAAGAACUAAGGAGAUCUUUGUAUUCUCUUUUUUCUGCCUAUGGACGUAUUCUUGAUAUUGUUGCUUUGAAAACAAUAAAGAUGCGAGGCCAAGCAUUUAUAGUCUUCAAAGAAAUUCAAAGUGCCACGACGGCUAUGAGAGGACUUAACGGAUUCAUGUUUUAUGAUAAACCCAUGACGUGUGUCGGAAUAAAGAUUUUUCGUGUGUUGAGGCUUGUGGUCUCAAAAUAUGGGCUGAUAAUACCAUCCUUUUCAAUUCUUCAAACCUCAGAAGGCGAAUCGGCUAGAUUGAAUGAAUCUGACUUUAUUUUACGUAAAUUUUUCGCGUCAAUACAUGCUAAUCAAACACAGCAAAUAGAAUAUUCUAAAAACAAAUCUGAUGCUGUUGCAAAAUUGGAUGGGACAUGGAGGAAACCAGGUGUUGCUGCAGCAAGCACUGGUUCACAAAGAACUUUAGGACAAGCAGCGCCUGCAGAAAAAAGACAAAGAGAGGAAGAAGAAUUUGCAAAUUACAAGAGAGCAGCAGACGGAGGAAAACUAACCGAUAGAGAAUCAAUGACACCUGAAAUAGAAAUGGAAGAUGAAACGGAUUUAUCACAACCAUCGGGAGUCAAUAUCACAAAGGGAGAACAAGAACCGCUUAAUAGAAUACUGUACAUACAAAAUUUACCACCUGAUGUCACAGAUGAGAUGUUAAGUUUCUUGUUCGAGCAAUAUCCGGGCUUCAAAGAGGUGCGCCUUGUUCCUGGCAAAUCGGAUAUCGCUUUCGUGGAAUAUGAAUCAGACAACCAAGCCGCUAUUGCCAAAGAGGUUUUGAAUGGAUUUAAAAUUACUCACGAUAAAGAAAUGAGAGUAACUUUUGCAAAGAGAUAA